AUGGAGCACGACGUCGGACGGCGGCUCGAGGACGCGGUCGCCGUCGUCGCGUCCACCGCGGCGGCGGUGGUCAUGGACGACGACGACGACGACGACGUCACAGACGAUCGGCCCGGCAAAGAGGGCCGUUGGGUCGUCGUCGGCGGCGACGACGGCGAACUCACGCGCGUGCGCGCGAGGGAGGGCGCGCCGGCGGCGGCGGAGAGAGACGGCGCGCUCGCCGCGGAGAGCGACGACCCGAAGGUGCGUUCUAUCUCACACUGGUCCCCAUACGACCGCGUUGGCGAUGUGGACGCCGAUCCUUAA